AUGAUCCUUUUGGCACAAUCGCCGCCGUUGGCCUUCACGAAGACUGAACCUACUGUCCGCCUCAACCGGCCGCUGACCCAUUCGUUCAUCGAGAAAGCGCUGCCAACCAAUUUUACGCAGACAUCUUCCCUCACACAGUCCCAGGGAUUCGGUAAGAACCGCGCUACCGCAAUGGCGAAGUCAAAGAACCAUACCGCUCACAAUCAGAGCUACAAGAAUCAUCGCAACGGCAUCAAGCGACCGAAGAAGCAGCAGUUUGCUUCCCGCAAAGGCAUGGAUCUCAAAUUUUUGAAGAAUCAGAAGCAUGCCCUGCGAGGCACUAUUCAAGCUCGUCUCAAGGCAAAUCGCGAGGCCGAAUCUUAAGCUGCUCCCAUCUCACGUGAAGCUGAGUAAAGCCCACGAGUGUGUCUGUCCGGGUUCGUUGCACGGCAGAACGUACAAGGUACGCAGUUUCAAUCUCCUUUGCAAAUAAAGUUGUGCGUCGUGAUGUGAGCAA